AAUUCAUGUAAUCAGAUUCUUUGUUUCUAUGGUGAUCCACUAUCUCCAUAAUAUUUUAAUCUAAUUCAAUUGUAAUGCUUUCUGUGAAUAAGUCAUGGAGACCUAAAGAACAACAACACUAAAUAUCGGAGUUAACAAAUGUUCCGGCAGCUUAUCAGUCAAGUUCAAGACCUCGUAGAUCUCCAUGGCUUUCCUCCUCCUCCAUCGCCUCCAGUUGCCCCGCCGUCGUAUUUCUUUCAUUCUCAACCUCCAACGACACUGCCACCUCCGUCGCCGUCACAACUUCAUGACGACAGGAAAUCAAAGAGAGCUCCAAAGGAGCCAAAACGAAUCGAAACUUGUGGUUCAAAAUCAAACGAGACCAUGGAAGAGAUCUGGAGAUACUUCCCGGACGACCUAUACGAGGUUGUCAUCGCAAGACUUCCGAUCGCCGCAUUCUUCCGUUUCCGAUCAGUUUGCCGGAACUGGAACUCCUUACUGACUUCCGACGGCUUCACUCGUCAAUGUUCUCAAUUCCGGCCACCCCAACCUUGGUUUUACACCAUAACGCAUGAAAACGUCAACUCAGGAGCUAUGUACGACCCAGUCUUAAGAAAAUGGCACCACCCGAUUCUCCCCAAAAUACCCACAAACACCAUUUUUUUCCCGGUGGCUUCCGCCGGUGGUCUCCUCUGUUUUCUCGACAUCGGACAUAGAACCUUCUAUGUGUGCAACCCUCUAACCAGUUCCUUCAAAGAAUUACCCACUAGAUCGGCGAAAGUCUGGCAAAGAGUAGCUGUCGGAAUGAUUAGUGAAAAAUCUAGUGGGGCCUAUAAGAUCAUGUGGCUUUCCUCUAAUGGCGAGUACGAGGUUUACAAUUCCAGAAACGACAGGUGGCAACGCCUAGGAACCAUGCCGGAAUGUAUCAAGCUACCAUUAUCGUUAAACUUAACUUUACAGGUUGUUGCGGCAGAUGGGUGGUUGUAUUUUCUAAGGUCGGAUCCGGAUGGGAUAGUGUCGUUUGAAAUGGAUUCCGGAGUUUGGAAGGAAUACCUGAUUCCAUUCCCGCCGGAGUCGAGGGACCAUGCGUUGGCGGAAUGUGGAGGACGGAUUAUGAUGGUGGGGGUUGUAACGAAGGGUCCCGCUAGCUGUGUUUGUGUAUGGGAGCUUCAGAAGAUGACGGUCUUGUGGACGGAGGUUGACAGAAUGCCAAAUGUUUUGUGCUUGGAGCUGUAUGGAAAGCACGUUAAGUUGUCUUGUUUGGGUAACGGAGGAUUGGUUAUGUUUUCUCUUGAAUCCAAAAUGACAAAUCGAUUGAUUACUUAUGAUUUUUUGAAGAAGGAAUGGUUGAAGGUAAAUGGUUGUGUGCGGAAGGGAGUACGGAUUGCCUGUGGGACUGCGUUUCAUCCAUCCUUAACAGCAAUCGCUUGAUAAUCAAUCAAAUCGUUACAUUUCUUGUAUUUUUCAUUUCCAGACCAUUUUCGACUUUCAUUUGUGCAUGUUAUUAAUUAUGGUGUGCGAAGAUGAAAACAAAAAAAACAAAAAACAAAAAAGUAAAAACCCAAAUGGUGUAAAUUUCAGCGUUUUGUUUUGUGUGAUAAAAAAGAGAAUUACAAGUUACAGUUAACAAAUGGUUAAAUUUUGAGGAUCUUCAAGGCAUUCCACCAGUUGUAGCUGUCCUGAUGAUCUGAAACAGAGCUGGAUGAUUAUACAAGAAAAACAAAAUUAGAAUUAAUUUUUUGUUAAUGGACAAGUAGAGAGAAUGAGUCAAAUUUUGAAUUUUUGUAUGGAGUGAGUGUGAGUCUUACAUGAUCCAAUGACGACAAAUAUAAAGAAGCCAAGCAUAAUAGGGCCAACUGGAUAGGUAUUGCCCUUUUUGGUGGAUGUUUCAGGAACUGAUCCACGCCUGUUGAUGUUCUUAUCGAACUUCCCCACCUUCCUUUCAGCAAGACGUUUUGACGUUGUCUUUUAACACAAAUAUGCAAAAGAAAUUAAUGAUGUUUGUUAGACUUAGACUUGUGUAAUCAAAAUUGAAAUUAACUACCUUCAAUUGAAAAUUGCAAUGACAGGGGAUAGUGAGUAGAUGGUUAUUUUAAUUUCUAAUGCUGAAUAUGCUUUCCAUUGAUGUUUCCAAUCUCUACAACUUAUUUUAUCACAUUUUCAUUUUUAAAAGUUUAUACAUUCCAAUUUUAUUUGGAUGUGUUCUUCAAAGGUACACAUAAUCAUCUCAAAAAAAAAAAAAUCAUGCAAUGUUUAUCAUCAAAUUGAGCAAGACAGGUUA